AUGUUCCUGCCACGGGAAGAUUCUUUUCCUGACAUCCACUUCAUCGCUGGCAGAGACUGGAACGACCUCAAUUAUGGAGUCUUCUUCGUGCAGGUAAGCGAAUGGAGCAUCAAAUUUCUUACACAAGUCGCCACGUUUCCGCAGUCGAGGCCAGACGUUGACACAACUGAAGACAUCGACAUAGACGCAAUGUGGUGGGUCCUUGAUCAACCGGAGAAUCAAGACCAUGUAGCCUACCAACCGCGGAGUUGGUACAACGGGUAUGACCUAGGAGAUCAAGGGAUAUCUGAGAUUUACGAGGGCGAUAUGCAGGUACAUCUCGUUGGCGUGGACGGCGAACCACGGAAAGAAGCCGCAGUACAUUGGUGGCUUUCCAAGAUCGAAAAGUCGCCACAAAAGAUGCAUAUGCCACUCGCAGCUUCAGGAUAUCCAGAGAAAGUUCAGAUGUUCUGGGAGGUUCUGAAAACAGCGAAGGAGCUGUUGCAGCAAUCCCACAAAAGGGCGUACAAAUUGAGACUGAGUUCUAAUGAGGUGAAAGUUGCGGAGGAGGAGCUGCAGAAUUUCAUUCGCUUUGCCGCGUUUGACAUAGAGGGAAUGAUAAACGCUAUGGUCACGCUGCAAAAGGCCUACGACGAUACAGAAAUCCAGAUUGCGGAGGACCAUCAAACUUCGAUGGUCGCGGCUAUUGCCCUCAGUGAUGCAGAACUGACUUCUUGA